GUAACAGAGGUUUACACAAAGGUAGCUAAAAAAACUACAAUUAAACGGUCCACAUGGAUCCACUAAACAUUAAAUUGUGUUUCUUCUGAACCUUCUGAAUGAAUUUCUGGCUCUUUAUACGAAUCGUUAGGAGUUUGCGCUAAGCUGACAUCAUCAUAAACACGGAAGUAAAACGCAAAAAAAAAACCGUCGGUAAAGUAAAGCGAACAUCUCACUGCUAUCUUCUCACAAGUCUGUCCACAUGACACCGAAAUAUUUCGCCUCCAGCCUUUCCAGAUAUCUUGAUGGAGAUUUCUGGAAGACAAAAGAUAUCCUCCGGGAGGAAAUUUCCGCAUGUGAUGUGUUCCAGAGAAGCAGCUACAACUUGACUCUGGAGCAGAUCAGAGAGUUAACUGCACAGAGGUUGCACUUUGUCUUGAAACUACCCCUAAUGAAAUACCAUCUGGAUGAUCAGGUGGCUGGAAGAAAAAAGGGGUUCAUAGGCAAGAGUCUGUGCAUCACAGAGAUGAUCUGUUCUGCAGAUAUGGCCACCGGAGUAAAGAUGGGAGUUGUGUGUGGACUAUAUGGUGGGGCUGUUACCAACCUAGGAAGCCCGGAGCAAGUGAAGAAAUUGUAUGUGCCUGUCACAGAGUUGGAAUUCACUGGGAUGUUUGCCAUGACGGAAAGAGGUCAUGGGAGUAACGUUCGGGGGAUUCUCACGGAGGCUCACUAUGACCCUUCAGCGCAGGAGUUCGUUAUCCACACACCGUGUGAAAACGCACAAAAGAUGUACAUUGGAAAUGCAAUGAAAGGAAACUAUGCCGCUGUCUUUGCACAGCUCAUGAUCAACGGAGAAUGCCACGGUCCACACUGCUUCGUUGUACCCAUACGAGACCAGAACGGGGUCAUGUGUGUAGGAGUGACUGCAGUUGAUAUGGAACAUAAAGAAGGCCUACAUGGGGUUGACAAUGGUAUUUUGAUAUUUGAUCAUGUGAGGAUACCACGGGAAAACCUGCUACACAAGUUUGGUUCGGUGUCAGCUGACGGUCAGUACACUUCUCCUAUUCAGAGUAAAGGCAGUCGCUUCAACGCCAUGCUCGCCGCUCUUACCCCGACACGUUUGGCUCUCACCGUGCAGGCCAUGGCUGCCAUGAAGUUGGGACUCAUCAUAGCAGUGCGCUACAGUCACAGUCGCAGACAGUUUGGCCCAAAAGACCAAGAUGAGGUUAAAAUCAUUGAGCACCAGACCCAGUAUCUGAGAUUGAUGCCGCACUUGGCCGCCGUCCUCGCUCUCACCUUCACCACUAGACAUACAGCAAGGCUGAUGGAUGAAGCUCUGUGUCAGGGGCAGGAUCUACAGAGCUAUCGUCCGCUGCAGGCGUUGGUUGCUGGACUCAAAGCCUACAGCACUUGGGCCAACGUGGCCUGCCUACAGGAAUGCCGUGAAUGUACCGGGGGCAUGGGCUUCAUGAUGGAGAAUAGGAUCCCUUCUCUGAAGUGCGACUCGGACGUCUUUGUGACUUUUGAGGGCGACAACAUGGUCAUGCUCCAGGUGGUGGUUCGUGAACUUUUAAGUCAGUACUCCAAGCAGAGUGGGAAAAGCCCGGUGUUUGGACUGAUCAAAAACUGGAGCAGUUAUGCCUCCGACAGCCUCAGGACCAGUUUCCCUAGUCUCUUUCUAGAUAAUGUAGAAGACCUGAGCUUCCUGCUGAAAGCUUUAAGCUACAGAGAGAGGGUCUUACAGCGUAGCCUCGCUACACGCCUUUACACUAAGGUCACUAAGAACAAAGAAGAGUUUUUCAGUGCCUGGAACUCCUGCCUGCACCAUGUGACUGGACUCGCCCUGGCACACAUACACAGAGUGACUCUGGAGCAGUUUGCGCUGGCAGUGCAGGAGUGCCAAGUGAAUGAAGACCAAGCUUUGUUAAAGCAGUUCUGCCUUCUGCAUGGAACCAGCCUGGUGUAUCAAGAGCGAGGAUGGUAUCUGGAACACAACUACUUUAGUCCCGGUGCUAGCAGACAGAUCCGUACCCAGUUGCUGGAGUUGUGCAGGUCAGUGAAGGAUGAUGCUUUGAAGGUGGUGUCAGACUUCAACAUGCCUCCUUGUUGCAUACAGGCACCAAUCGCUGGAGUGCCCAACUCCAGGGCAUCUUGGGGCUUCUACCCACAGCCUGAGAGCCCUGGUCCUCAGCCCCAAAGCCAGCAGAGAGCCACAUCAAAACUCUAGGUAUAGAGAACCUACACACUUGAAAUCAAUUGUACUGCUUCCUUUUGGUAAAAUAGCUGGCUCUUUUUCCCCUACAACAGAUAAAAUUAGGACUUGGAAUGGUGUGUGUGUAUAUAUGUGUGUGUAUGUUUGUGUGUGUGUGUGUCUUUUGGGUUAUGUGAUUUCUGCUGUGAAUCUUUAUGCUUUAUGAUUUGCUUGUUCUGCCAUUAGCAAUGUUGUUAUAUAAAUCAGACAUUAUUAUUGAAGUUCUGUUAUUAUAGGAGGCUAUUUAUAUUUGCUCUUGUUUUUAAUAAAUAGAAGUAAUGUUAAGAUAAAGGGCCAAAAGAUUUUAAGAUUGAUUUUCAUAUACAUAUAUAUAUAAGUGCACCAGAGAUUAUUAACAAGGAAAUGAUUGUUGUAAUAAACUUUUGUUCAUUAUCUGAUUCAUACAGUGUUGAUAUUUUUAUUCUCAUUAAUCAUAGCCUAUGUUUGAAACUUUCAAACACACAUGCUGAUCAUGAACAUACUGCACCUCCUAAAUCUAUUGCUGGAAAAAAAAAACAGGUUUAAAUAAAGCUCAAAUUAUUAAUAU